ACCGAUGCCGAAACCCCUCGACCUCUUUAUCCCUUGGAGCCUCGAGCAGCUUUUCUGUAAAACAAGAAAGAACGCGCAAACCAACUCAUCACACAAUCCAAACCAAACUGAAAUCUAGAGGGAAUCGUUUGAAGAUGUCUCAAGAUGAGCCAUGGAAUGUGAACAACCUUCCUUCAACUUCUACUACUUUCUCUUCCCCUGGUUCAUGGUCUCGUGUCGAAGAUAAGUUGUUCGAGCAUGGUCUUGUGUUGGUUCCAGAAGAAACUCCUGAUCGGUGGCAUAAAAUCGCAAAUCAGGUCCCUGGAAAGACGCCAUCAGAGGUGAAAGAACAUUACGAAGCUUUAGUUCACGAUUUAUCAGAGAUCGAUUCAGGACGGAUUGAGUUACCAGCGUAUAAGGAUGAUUCGAUUACUUCGAGUUGGGGUUCUGAGUGUCGGUCGAGUCAGAUCUCGUUUGGAUCAACAAAGUCGAAGCAUUCUGAAACAGAGAGAAAGAAAGGGAUUCCAUGGUCGGAAGAAGAACACCGGCUCUUUUUAAUUGGACUGAAGAAAUACGGCAAGGGUGACUGGAGGAGUAUUUCAAGAAAUGCGGUGGUGUCAAGAACACCUACUCAGGUGGCUAGCCAUGCUCAGAAGUACUAUCUUCGUCUUAAUUCUAUGAAGAAGGAGAAGAAGAGAUCCAGCAUCCAUGACAUAACAACAGUUGAAAGCUACUCUGUUCCUCCACCCAAUGCUCCAAACUGGGUACAGCCUUCUACUGCUCCAUAUCAACAAGCAAUGGAUACAAUGGCUACUUCAAGGCAUUUUACUGAUAAAGGAGGUUUGCAGGGAUAUGGGCACUUCAGCUUUCCCAUGUGAAUAAUAUGGGUAUAAUAGGUUUUUAAUUUGUUCAUAGUGAACAUAUAAACUUCAUUAGCUAAUUUGUACAGUUCAUUAAUUUUCAUUUGGCUUUAGGUUAAUACAACACCCUGGGAUGAAUAUCAGGAUAUCAGAUUGUAAGGUACUGUAGGAUGUUUUUACUUUCAAGGUCAAGAGAUAGAAGGGGUGGUGGAAAUCAGAGAUUAGUUCAGUACUAAUUCAGGUUUAAGUAAUGAGAAACCUUGGUUCAUACUUGAUUC